AGUUUACAAUAUUAUAAGUUUGUACGACCCUUCAACAUUUUGCAAACAUUCUUAGAGAGAGAGAUACAGAGAUAAAGAGAGAGAGACAGCUAGUGAGAGAAAGAGAGAUGGGCCAUCACUCAUGCUGCAACAAGCAAAAGGUGAAGAGAGGGCUUUGGUCACCGGAAGAAGACGAAAAGCUCAUCAACUACAUCAAUACAUAUGGCCAUGGAUGCUGGAGCUCUGUUCCCAAACAUGCAGGUUUGCAGAGAUGUGGAAAGAGUUGUCGAUUAAGAUGGAUAAAUUAUCUAAGACCUGAUCUUAAACGUGGAAGCUUCUCUCCUCAAGAAGCUGCUCUUAUCAUUGAACUUCAUAGCAUUCUUGGCAACAGAUGGGCUCAAAUUGCUAAACAUCUACCUGGAAGGACAGAUAAUGAGGUCAAGAAUUUCUGGAACUCAAGCAUAAAAAAGAAGCUCAUGUCUCACCAUUAUCACCAUCAUCAUGGUCAUCAUCAUCAUCAUACCUCUUCAAUGGCGAGUUUGCUCACUAACCUUCCUUAUCACAACGUAUUCAACGGUACUGUUUGCGACGAUGAAGGUUCAAGAUUCAUGUCCAGUAUCAUCGCAAACACAAACCCUAAUUUCAUCACUCCAAACCACCUCCCUCUUCCUUCUCAUGUUAUGACCCCAUUGAUGUUCCCAACCUCUAGAGAAGGAGACGUCAAGUAUCUAACCACUACCAACACAAACCGGUCUCAUCAAGAUAAUAACCUUUCCACCAAUCUCGACAUUUUUUCAGCCACACCAUUCAUAAACAAUCAUCAUCACCAUCAUGAUAAUGAUCCCCAAUGGCCAUCACUACCAGAUCUCCCAGCAAGUACCAUUUCCACUUUUCACGACAGCCUUCAAGAUUAUGACGAUGGUGAUAAACUCAACGUGUUUGUAACACCACACAACGAUAGUGGGGAUCCUCGGAACUUUCCUUUGGUGUCCACAAAGUUAUUAUGUGGACAAGUUCUUGAAGGCAAAGCAAUUUCACAAGAUCACUGCCUUCUUCUCCCAACAACGUACGACUUGCAAAUGCAUGGUGAUUAUCGACGAGUGGACUCGUACAUUAAUCACAUGAUCAUACCAUCAUCAUCAUCUUCAUCAUCGCCAAUCUCUUGUGGACAGUACGUCAUCACUUAAGCAAACCCUAGUCCUACUCUAUCAACAUGGGAUUCCCAGACAUGAGUACGUAAUAAAUAUGUACCUAUAUAUGAUCUAUAUACGUUUUUAUAUCUAUAUAUUAGGAGGAAAGAGAGAACAUAAAUAAUCACUCACAUGUGUUGAUAACUCUUUUCCAUAUCAAAAAAUAUUCUACACUAUAGUAUAUAAGAAUUUGUGAUAUGUUACAUUUAGUACUUUUCAGAAAUAUUGCAUCGUCUUUGUUUUUGGGGAAACAUAAAUGUUGCUAGUUCUUUUUCAGGUUUAUAGUCGUGAGUUUGCGGAAAAAAGUUACUAUUACAUAUAAAGUUCGUCCUUAUACACUAUUAAUGAACACAUAUAAGCACAUGUAUGUACAAUCUCUCUCUCGUCACAUAAGUACACAUGUGUUUGUAUAUGGUCAGUUUGUUUUAGCCUCUGUGUUGGAAAUUGCUGUCUUCAUCUUUGUUCUUGUCGCUUAUUGCAUUUCUCUAUCUAUGAUAUUAUGUGGGGUCAACCUUUGCA